AUGAAAGUGUCUGGUUUCGGUACACUGAAGAAGCUACGGUUUUUUGGUAGCAAAUUCAAGUUGCAAAUUGCACCAAGCGGUCAUAGCUUGCCACAAAAAGGUUAUGACUCAGGUGUGAACUAUUAUCAGGCUCCAUCAGGACACGGCAACGUAAAAGGAAAGUGUACAACAGACCAUAUCAGUGCUGCUGGACCCUGGUUGAAAUUCCGUGGUCAUUUGGAUAAUAUUUCAAAUAAUCUAUUCUUAACUGCUGUCAAUGCGGAAAAUGAUGAAAUGAACAAGGUAAUUAUAGUUGUUGAGUACUGGACUUUAUUUAUUAGAUUAUGGGAAAGAAUUUCUAAUUAUAAAGUUCGCAAUCAUUUGACGGGCAAGUAUGAUACGGCAUCUCAAACGACACGUCACUAUAAGUCGGAUGGAGUAGCUUGGAUAGCAGUGAAGGCUCAUCUCGUGAACAUGCAGCUUUAG